AUGUGCAUGAAUUUAUUACGAUGGGCAACACCAUCGUCAAGCCACCUCGAACUCAACCUUGAUGGAGCGUUUGAUCCUACUUCGGGUAGUAGAGGGGUUGUUUGGGUUGUUGCUAGAGACGCGGAUAGAGGUUUUGUGGCUGCAAUGGAGAAAUUAGUUGGGGGAAGUGAUGUUGGCUGA